AUGGGGGCCGAAUUGGAUGAAAAUAAAGUAUGGAUUGAUGGUUGUUUUGAUUUUACGCAUCAUGGCCAUUCCGGUGCAAUUCUCCAGGCAAGACAAACGAUAAAGCAAGGUGCUAAAGGUGUGCUUUACUGUGGAGUGCAUGAUGAUGAUGCCAUAGAACAUAACAAGGGAUCAAGUCCCGUGAUGAAUUCACAAGAAAGGUAUGAGCACACUAGAGCAAAUAGAUGGUGUAGUGAAGUUGUUGAAAGAGCACCGUACGUAACACAACCCGAAUGGAUGGAUCGUUACCAUUGCAAAUAUGUUGUUCAUGGGGACGACAUCACGUUGGAUGCCGAUGGUAAGGACUGUUACCAGUUGAUGAAAGACCUAGGUCGAUUUCGUGAGGUCAAAAGAACUCACGGUGUCAGUACCACCGAGAUUAUUCAAAGAAUUUUAACGAGAACUCUUACUGAUGACUUUAAAUUGCCAUCAGUCAAUGAAUUGCGACAGUAUAGCUGUGGACCGGAUGGUAAGCAGCCCUAUUGUUAUGUAUUCAAUGGAUCAAUAAAAAACGAAAUUGUUCAUGGUGGCUACGAUUGGGAUGGUAAACUUCGUGGGUAUAAAACCAUCAGCGGUGAUUUUGACCUUUUUCAUGUUGGACACAUUGAACAGCUAGGUAAAAUAAGAUCAAUGCCCGAAACACAAAAGCUCAUUGUAAGUAUAACCACCGGUAAUAAGUGUAUCAUGACACUCAAGGAGCGAGUCUUGAGCGUACUUAGUUGCAAAUAUGUUGAUGCUGUCGUCAUCGCCGGCAACGAGGAGACAGCAGACUACCAGAUAGAUGAUCCAGCACUCACGGAAAGUGGCAAAUUCUGCUAUCUCACGAAGCAAACGAUAAUCGCACGAAUCGAGACUCAAAGAGAUACGUACGUUAGAAGAAACGUCAAAAAGGGCAUGACAUUCUGA